UUUUUUAAUCAGAUUAUACGUAGGGAGCUAACUGAGGGAGGCAUUUUUUGUACCGAGAUGCGCAUUAAUGAAAAAUGAAUAAUGAAUAAGAACACGAGGCAGGGCAGAGGAGAAGGCCUUGUGAUUCAUCAUGACGAAUGAACCCAACAACAAGUACGAUGUUUUUCUGUGUUUAGUUGGCCCAGAUACCCGCUACACCUUCGCUGGUAAUCUCUAUAAUGCUUUGCGCCGCAACAGAAUCAAUACCUUUUUCACAGAAGAUAAUCAUCAUGAUGAGCUACUACUCAUGAAUGGCGACCAAAUUUCACCCUUUGCUCUAAGAGCAAUUAAAGAAUCAAACUUGUUAAUUGUUGUUCUCUCUCCAAACUACGCAUCAUCCCCAAGGAAUCUUGAUGAAUUUGUGGCCAUCGUUCGGUGUAUAAAGAGGAAGAAGCAACUGCUGCUUCCCGUCUUUUACAAAGUGGAACGAGGGGAAAUAAUGGAUGCAAUAUUUAGUGGACCUGAUCAACAAGCGCUCUGUGUAUUCGAAGAAAGAUUUGGAGAUUACAAAGAGAGGGUGAAUGAAUGGAAGGACGCCUUGCUAGAAGUCUACGGUUGGACUGCUAUGGAAUACCAAAAUGGGUCCGGAUACGAAUAUGAAUUCAUCCGAGAGAUUGUUGAUAUAGCCAAGAGGCGCCAGCGCCGCCGAUAUGAUGUUUUUCUGAGUUUUAGGGGAAGAGAUACCCGCCACUCUUUCACAGGUUUUCUCUAUAAAGCCUUUUGCCGGGAGGGAUUCUACGUCUUCAUGGAUGAUGAGGGAUUGGAGGGUGGGAAUCAAAUUUCACCUACGAUUAUGGGAGCAAUUGAAAGAUCAAGGCUUUCAAUUGUAGUGUUCUCUGAAAACUAUGGGUAUUCCACGUGGUGUCUUGAUGAACUUUCCAAGAUCAUUGAGUGCGUGAAAACCAGGAAUCAAAUGGUUUGGCCAAUAUUUUACAAUGUGGAAAAGUCCGAUGUAUGCAAUCAAACAAAAAGUUAUGGUGAUGCCAUGACUGCCCAGGAGAAAAGAUUUGGAAAGGACUCUGGGAAGGUGCAUAAAUGGAGGUCUGCUUUGUCUGAAAUCGCCAACUUGGAAGGAGAGCAUCUCAGGGAAAAUCAGUACCAAUAUGAAUUUAUCGAAAGGAUUGUGGAAAAGGCCAUUAAUAUACCAAGUCCUUGCUCCAAUGACAGCUACGAGGAAGAGUCAAGAGUGUCAAAAUGCACGCAUUGGGAGAUUGGGAGCUGUGUAGUCAGCUGAUAGUGACAUCAGCAAGCAGCCUUGAAUUUAUGUGUGCUUAACGAUGUUGUUACUAUAUCCAGUUCAAUUCUCAAGGUUUAUUAUGUUCCUUUUACAUCUUGUGUAAUUCUUGAGGUCUCGUGUUUUUCUUUUUUUUUGGUGUGUACCAAGGUCCAAGGAUUAUGUCUGAGAUUAACAUCUCCCUUUUAAUACUACUACUCUCCCUCA